AUGUCGAAUCUUGAUGACGAUGAAGCCCUCUUUGAGGAUUUAUAUGGAAAUGACGACGAGGAAAAGACAAGAACUGAGCCGGGGCAGGAGCAGGAAAAAUCGGUGACUCCUGAAGAUCCGCCCACGUCCAGUGCUGAUGCGGAAAAGGAUACCGCGGAGGAGACAAGGACAGAACCGCUGACGCAACCCUUGCCUCCUCCUACCACUGCAACCCAGGACCAGAGUCUGACUCAGUCCGUACCGGCACCACAAGCAUCACUUGUACCACCACCAGCAGCACCAGCACUAGCGGGUGGUGCUGGUGGAGCUGCUGGUGGAGUGGAAGAAAGUGCAGACUCAGUUCCACAGGCGACGCCACAAUUUGCAUUUGACCCAAACCAGUUUGCUCAAUUCAGCGGUAUGAUGCCCAUGCCCGGCCAAUUGCCGGGAGGAGUACCCCCUCCACCACCGCCAACCGUUCCUCCACAACAGCAGCAGCUGGGCAGCGCUUCUGCGAUGAGCCCGGGCUCGGACAUGGGACGUGAUAGUGGGAAAAUGUUUGUUGGUGGACUCAAUUGGGAUACAACAGAGGAAGGAUUGGUGAACCAUUUUUCCAAGUAUGGUGAAGUUGUUGAUUACACGAUUAUGAAAGAUAACGCCACCGGCAGAUCGAGAGGAUUUGGGUUCUUGACGUUUAGAGAUCCGCGGUCCGUGGACCAGGUGAUUAAAGAAGAGCACAUUUUGGAUGGGAAGUUGAUUGAUCCAAAGAGAGCCAUUGCGAGAGAGGAUCAGGAUAGAGUCGGCAAGAUCUUUAUUGGCGGGAUCGACCCCAUGGUGACGGAAACAGAGUUUAAUGAGUUUUUCUCGAAAUUCGGUAGCAUCAUUGAUUGCCAGUUGAUGAUUGACAAAGAUACGGGAAGGUCGCGUGGGUUCGGCUUUAUCACAUUCGACUCUCCCGAUGCCGUGGACCGCGUUUGCGUCAACAAGUAUCUCAAAUUGAAAGGCAAGUCGAUGGAAGUCAAGCGCGCGGCGCCUCGUGGACAGCACAACCAGCAAGUUGCCAUGCAACAGCAACAGCAGCAACAACAACAGCAGCAACAAGCGGCGCAACAAGCUCAGCAGACGGGCCAAGCUUACAACCCAUACGGGGCUCAGUACGGCCAGAUGUUCCAACAGAUGAACCCCGCCAUGAACCAGGAGUACAUGAGAUAUUUCCAGUGGAUGAUGUACCAGCAGGCACAAGCCCAGGCGCAGCAACAAGCCGCCGCUGCGGGAGGCGAAGCGCAGCCCGCUCAGCCUUUGAAUCCGCAGCAGCAGGCCGAGGAGCCCGACGCUGGAGACGACGCUGGUGCUCAACGCGCAUCUGCAUCUACAUCCGCCCCGCCAUCCAAUGGCACUCCACCGAGCGAAAGACCCAAUAUCCCAACGGGACCCAAGAGAUUGCCUCCAAAUGGACCACGGGGCGGCAGAGGUGGAUAUAGAAGAGGACGCGGUGGCUUUCAUCCGUACAGGGGAGGAAGAAGAUUCGGUUAG